GUAAUGAUCAAUGAUCUCUCCCGUGGACUGUGUCCUGCCAUGGACAUCAAGUGUCUGGUUAUUGAUGAGGCCCACAGAGCGCUGGGAAAUCAUGCCUAUUGUCAGGUUGUGACGGAAUUAUGCAAAUAUACCCGACAGUUCCGCAUUCUGGCUUUAAGUGCCACUCCGGGAAGUGACAAGCAGGCCGUGCAGCAAGUGAUUUCCAACCUGUUGAUUUCACACAUUGAACACUGGUCGGAGGAUUCCCCGGAGAUCCAGCCCUAUUCCCACCAACGGCUGGUCGAAAAGUGUGUCGUCCCACUGGGGGAGGAACUGUCUGAAAUGCGGGCUGCUUAUUUGAGGGUCCUGGAGUCUUUUGCUGAUCGGCUGGUUCGGUUCCGAGUUUUGCCCCAACGAGAUAUUUCCACUCUGACCAAGUAUCAAAUCAUUGUGGCAAGAGAUCAGUUCAGGAAAAACCCUGCCUCCUGCUUCUCGGGGAAGCAGCAAGGGAUCAUAGAAGGAGAUUUUGCUCUUUGUAUCAGCCUCUAUCACGGCUACGAGCUGCUGCUGCAGAUGGGAAUGCGUUCUUUGUAUAUCUUCUUAUCUGGAACGAUGGCUGGAUCAAAAGGUACGACUCGUGCCAAAAAUGAACUGAGCCGUAAUGAGGAGUUCAUGGCGUUAUACGGCAUCCUCGGAAACAUGUUUGCGGAGACAUCUGAGACUUCAGCACGUGGCAACAUGAGCACAGAGAAGACCCCUUCCCAGACCUCCCCUGGAAUACCAUAUACAGUUCUGGGCUUUGCAAUUCAAGAAGGAUAUUGA